AACAUGUGAUGUGCAUGGCAUCUUUGUUGGAAAAAAUAUAUAUUUACUAACACGUAUACAAAGAUUUAAUAGCGUGCUGCUGACUUACAAAUUAAAAUCGAUUUCAAACCAAGGUAAAGGACAGAAGGAGGUUUCAAGAAAUUGUGAAAUACUUCGGAAUGGGACGCGUCCAAAGGGAUUCUAGCCGCUCUUCUAGUCACGACAGGAAAAAGUGGGAAAGAGGACCAGGAUACUAGUAAAUUACCGUUUAACCCGCGCGUCAGACGAGGGGGAGAGGGAAGUGAAUCGAACCGUGCCUCUUCACUUUAGUGCACUUCAUAUCGGACCAUCCGCUGCUGCAGGCUCCCACGGACACCAUGGUUUCUGCUCCUCUCAACAGAUGAGAUUGUGGAGUCGCCUCAACUGAGCAGCAAUGAGCAGAGUGCGGUAGACGAGCGUAGGCUGUGUGUCUCACUUAAACAAAAUCACUGUUUCUAUUGUCUAAAACCCAGUAGGCUAGAAGAUGGGGCAUCCUCCUCUGGAGUUUAGUGACUGCUAUCUGGACAGUCCCGACUUCCGAGAGACUCUCAAGUGUUAUGAGCUAGAGCUGGAGAGGACGAACAAAUUUCUCAAAGACGUGAUAAAAGAUGGCAACAGUGUAAUCACUGCAAUCAGGGGCUAUUCUUUGGCGGUACAGAAAUUCUCCCAGACUCUCAGCAUGUUCCAGUUCGAUGUCAUCGGCGACUCCCUGACAGAUGAUGAGAUUAACAUCACUCAGUCGUUCCAGGAGUUUGCUGGACUCCUGCAGGAAGUAGAGCACGACAGGAUGAUGCUGGUUCAGAACGCCUCUGAUCUGCUCAUCAAGCCGUUGGAGAAGUUCCGAAAGGAGAAAAUAGGAGUAACAAAAGAAAAGAAAAAGAAGUUUGAGAAAGAGAGUGAAAAAUAUUACUCUCAGGUCGACAAACACCUGAAUCUUUCUGCCAAGAAGAAAGAAAGUCAACUUCAAGAGGCUGAUGACCUCCUAGACAAAGAGCGAGUGAACUUCUAUGAAUCGUCAGUGGAGUAUGUGUACCAGAUCCAUCAGGUGCAGGACAUGAAGAAGUUUGACGUGGUGGAGCCUGUGCUGGCGUUUCUUCACAGCAUUUUGACGCUCAACAACCUGACAGUGGAGAUGACUCAGGACUUCAUGCCUUACAAGCAAGAACUGCAGCUCAGCUUACAGAACACAAGAAACCACUAUGAGAGCACUCGGGAGGAGAUGGAGGAGCUGAUGAAGAGAAUGAAACACCCAUCCCAGAUCUGUAAAAUGCACAGCUUUUUGCCCAUGGAGGGUUAUCUGUACUGUCAGGAGAAGUGGGCUUUGGGCGUGUCAUGGGUCAAAUAUUAUUGCAAGUAUCACAAGGAGGGAAGACUGCUGGUCAUGACGCCUUGUGAACAGAAGACUACAACUAAACAGGGCCCUACGCAGCUGACACUGAAAUCCUGCAUCCGCCGGAAGACAGAGUCCAUAGACAAGCGCUUCUGCUUUGACGUGGAAACUAUUGAGAGAAACACACCAGUCACUUUCCAGGCUCUUUCGGAGGGAGACAGGAAGUUGUGGAUGGAGGCCAUGGAUGGAAAAGAGCCUAUCUAUCAUUCCCCAAUUCACAAGCAAGCUGAAAUGGAACUGAAUGAAGUUGGAUUCAAGUUUGUGCGGAAGUGCAUCAACUACAUUGAAACGAAAGGAGUCACACAAGAAGGAGUGUACAGAACAGUUGGCAGCAACAUCGAAGUCCAGAAGCUUUUAAAUGCCUUCUUUGACUCCACAAACCCAGGAGAUGUGGAUCUCCACAGCAGCGACAGGGAUAUUAAAACCAUCACAAGUGCAUUGAAGUUUUACCUGAGGAGUUUGUCUGAACCUCUGAUGACCUACAGCCUACACAGAGACCUAAUGUGUGCCGCAAAAUCAGAUAAUCUGGACUUUCGACUGAGUGAAAUUCAUUCGCUUACCUACAAAAUACCAGAGAAGAAUCGGGAGAUGCUGGAGAUGCUUAUUAAACACUUGGUCAAUGUGUGCAGUCACAGUGAAGAAAACCUAAUGACUCCUUCAAACAUGGCUGUUAUCUUUGGACCCACAUUGAUGAGAGCAAAGGAGGAGACAGUGGCGGCCAUGUUGGAUAUCAAGUUCCAAAAUAUUGUGGUUGAGAUUCUGAUUGAGGACUACAAAAAGAUCUUCAGUUAUAUGCCAGAGGACAGCACCGCCCCACCUGUUCCUCCUCCGCGGAUAACCCCGAGAAAGCGGCAACCCAUCACAAUCUCCAAGAGGCCACCUCGUGUUUAUCCAGCUCUUACUCACGACUUUCAGCACACUGAGAAUGGCCAAAACAACAGCUCUGUCUUAGAAGGGGAAGCCCCAACGAGCCCCGUUCCCCUGCAGCGGACAAAACCUGCGAGCUGUGCUCCACUCGUUCCAAGAGAUCCUACUCCGAGACAAGUAUUAAUACCCAGACCAGUUAACCAUCAGGACCGACGCUCAGACCCUGACACUGGCAAGAUAGUCGAUAUAAAGCAAAGGCUAGAGUCUUCUUCAGCGGCAAAUGGGGAGUCUGGAGUCUAUGUGAGCAGAGCCCUGUCCUUCCAGAGCAGAAGACCACCUGCUAAAGGCACAUCAGCCAACAGAGAAAGAGAUUCUGAUGGUCUGACCAGAACGAAGUCUACUGAGAAACAUGCCAUUUGUAGACCCCCGGGUAGGCCUCCUGAGCCCCCCUCCAGAUACCCUGCUCCACAAAAGGCCCAGAGUGCAGCUAGCAGCGAGGGCUUACCCCCAUCCUAUGUUGCUUCUAAAACUAAGUUUUUUGAGGAUGCCUCCAGACAAGUCGUCAGUCCAUCAGUCUCUCCGUCAUCACUAGCAGUUCCAAAUGUGAAAAAAGAGAACUAAAGUUAAAGAAGAUUCGGACCACAUCAUGUGACCUCUACAUGUGCUGUUUACUGCACAUCAAGCUGGAGGGAGUCAGCACUAAUGAACUUGGUGGAUUUUAUUAGAUAGACUGAAGAAAUGGCUCUCCAUACAACUGAAUGGUUGUAUAUGGUUCCACUUGAUUUUUAAUAGUAAGAAUGGUGUCGUAAGGCAUCCCAAUAGCAAAUUGACUUCAGUGAGCUUGCAAAUUGUCUCAGUGUUUGAUCAUCAUUCUAAAGGUCUGAAGGCAUAAUGGUACUUUUCCAAUUGGCAAUUUUGUCAAAUAAAUUUACAAUAUUUAGUCAUUUUACAGUGUUAAAAACUUUGAAUGGCCAAUUUUAUUUGAGGGAACUAACUGCUUUGACUGCUUUUAAAAGCUUACUUUGAUGUGUUCUUCUCUACACUCCUAAUACAUGUUUUAGCAUUGUCAAAAAUAUCUCCCAAAGAAGACUAAUUGAUUAAACUGGGAAUAAUCAAUUAAAUCAUAAUUCAUUUGAAAAUGUGGAAUAUUAGUCUUGAUAUUAACUUUUAGAUUUUAUAAAGUUGACCUUUCAAGGAACUGCAUGAAAUAUAUUUUAAGCUACAUCUAGGAAGUAAUUAUUUCUGUGAAGCUAUUUCCACUCAAAAAGAAUAUUUAGAUAAAAAGUUUCAUCAUGUAUGUCAUUUGAGACAAAAUGUGUCAUGCAACAUAUGUGACUUUACAAAAAAUGAUUGUUACAGUAUGUGAUAUUGAAACUCCAGUGUUUAGUUUUAUUUGUUUGUCCCUUAUGUUCAUUUUACACUUCUGUUUUUUUAUUUUUCGUUAACCGAACUUGAAAUUUCUGGUUGCUGUGUGGUUGGAUUUGUUUUCAAAAAGGAAAAAUAAACAUGUACAGUUCUAAACAAGUA